GGAAUUAAUUUUGUGCCAGAUUUGUGUGGGAUUUUGUUUAGUUUCGGGUGAGAACCUGACAGACGUCACCUUCCGCAGUGUAUAGUAAAGUAGAGUCUGAUACGCGGUUGUUGUUGUUAGUUGUUGCCUGUAGGCAAGAUGCUUGUGGAGCAGCACAUUGAGGAAAAACUAGAGAUGUUGGACCAGGAACUCAUGAUGGGCAGCCCCAUGUAUCUGGGAUAUUUUUACGGGGAUUAUUCAGGUUCUGAGGGGUCUGAGUCUGGCUCGUCCCCGACAUAUUCCACCACCACCUCCUCCUCCGGACCCUGCUCCCCAACUUCAGACAACGAGCAAACGUUGAACCUGAGCCAGUCGUCGCCCAGAAGCAAUAAAGCCAGGGACUACAUGGGAAUAAAACGGCAGAAUAAAGGAAAAUUUCAAGGAGUACGUGUGAAGAAUUCAGUAAGGGAGCUACUUAUGCAGCGUAGAAGUAAAACUGCUAACAGAGCAGAUGCGUUUGAGAAAUUGAAAACUGGAAUGAAAUGUGAGCAGUAUACAGAAUUAAAGAACAUAUUAAAAUGCAAAAAACAAAUUACUGAUUGUAUUUUGGAAGGAACAGUUGAGAGAAAAACGUGGUCUCCUCAGAAUUCUUUAUUUCUGACCCCUCCAAGUACACCAAAAUCAGUUGAUAACAUGGAAGAAAUGUCAAUAAAUGAGAUGAAGAUGGAGUCUAAUGUAGAUACUUUGCAGACCUUAAUUAAUAUUAAGAAUGAAUCCAAGCCAGUUUCUCUGAACACUGUACAAGUUAACUGGAUGACCAAUUUGCCUCAAAAUGACCAUUCUCAAGAGCAGCAUUAUCAAAAUGUCCCUAUAGUCGGUACUUUUACAUCUCAUCAAGCUAUCCAGACAAGCCAUCAUUUCCCUUCGCCUCCAAAAAGUGAUCAUUAUCCAUUUCCUUCACAAAGUCCAGGUAUUUCUCCACAUUCUAACGGAGACUGCAUAUUCAGUGAACAGCUUACAGAGUAUCAACCAGCUAUGUUUUCUAAUCAAGAUUUACAUAGCUGUGCUGUUUCUAGUUAUGUAUCACUUCUUGAAAGCACAGGCGCAUCUACUGAAACGUGUGCCACAGAUUUAAGUUCACCAGCUCAGACUUUUAGUCCAAACAUAAGAGAAAGCAACAGUGUUUUUGGGGACCCUAACAUGAUCCAGACUUCGGCAAAUGUGUCAGCACAGCUGUGUGUUUCUGUUGGAAACAAUUCAAGCAUUCCACAGACUGUUAAAACUUUAUUUCAGUGGCAAAUUGAGCAGGAACAAAAUAAACUUGGACACCUUUCUCCUAAACAGUUGCUUUUCAAAGAUGCAGAUGGUGAUACGUGGCUUCACAUUUCUGUUGCACAAGGAAGGCGAGCACUUUGUUACGUCCUUGCUCGUGAAAUGGCAGCCUUGAAUGCAUUGGAUAUCAAGGAACAUAAUAAUCAGAGUGCCUUACAAGUAGCUGUGGCUGCCAACCAGCAUCUUAUCGUGCAAGACUUAAUCAGCCUUGGAGCCCAAGUAAACACUACAGAUUGCUGGGGAAGGACACCUCUUCAUGUGUGUGCUGUGAAAGGUUACUCCCAGGUUGUUCAGGCAAUUCAAAAAGGUGCAGCUCUGAACAAUCAGUAUGUCGAUGUGAAUGCAACAAAUUAUGAAGGUUUAACUGCUCUACACUGUGCAGUAAUUGCCCACAAUGCUGUGGUCCAGCAGUUACAAAACCUUCACUCUUCCGAGAGAGAAAAACUGAUGCCCAAGAAUAAAGCAAUGGUAGAAACUGUCAGAACACUGCUUCAGAUGGGAGCCUCUGUGGAGGCAAAAGAUCGUAAAAGUGGGCGCACAGCAUUGCAUUUGGCUGCUGAAGAAGCAAACCUGGAACUACUUCGUAUUUUUCUUGAUUUGCCUAAUUGUUUAUCGUUUGUUAACAUAAAGGCUUUUAAUGGCAAUACGGCUCUCCAUGUAGCCGCCAGCUUGCAAUAUAGAAUUUCUCAUCUGGAUGCUGUCCGGCUUCUAAUGAGGAGGGGUGCAGAUCCAAGUGUUAGAAACUUGGAAAACGAACAGCCUGUCCAUCUGGUACCUGAUGGACCUUUAGGGGAGCAGAUAAGGCGUGUUCUGAAGGGGAAGACAGUUCAACACCGAUCUUACUAGGGCUCCACUAAAGUCAAUUUUUUUUUCUCAACACUCACUGCUAGUUAAGCAGUCAAAUCUGUAAAUAGAUUUGUCAACUGACAAAUAUAUGUUGGUUUCUAUGAAAUCGUAAUAUUGUGUUCACUAUUAUAUAGUGACUUAACAAACCCAUCCACAAACUAAAUGCUUUUUUCCAUUAUGUAGUUGAAAAGCAAGAUUUGGGUUUGAAGAUUUUUCCUAUUUCUCACACACACACACGCACUCACGAUAAAUCAACUUACAAAAACUUAUUUUUUGGUACUUGCUAAGUAAUAUUAUAAUUUUUAAUUUGCUAAAGUAAUAUAUUUAAAAUCUUUUGUUCACUUAUUUUCCAGUUUGGAAUGUACUCUGAUUUAAGUUACCUAUGGUGGUCGAUAAAAUGUACUUGCUGUAAUGAUAUAAAUAUGUAAUAAGUGAAAUUAAACUUUUAUUUAGAAAUUGUAUGAAUUAGAGAUUUACAGUUUCAAACUAUUUGGUUUUAUUUUAUUUUUUUGUAUUUUAUAAUAUGUGCAUAAUGAACUGAAACCUUUUCUUUUUGUUGUUGGUAUUUUACAUGUUUUAUUUUAGGUAAAGUAGUGAUAUAAUGACUUUUGUGUAGUUACAUUAGUAAAUUCCAUAUAGUAUGUCUUGUAGACAAAUUACUGAAAAAUCUGGAAUUCACAAAUGAGUGUAAACUGACUUGCAUAUUUACCUUUUUUGGUUAUAAAUAAAAUUGAUUAUUAAAGACA